AUGGGACGUGAGGUGUGCAGAGAGCAGCCCCCAACGGGACGCUACGAUGAGCAGGAAGCCACCCGGCAACAUACACCUCCUCGUCAGCAUCUGCACCAGGCCGCGGCUUUAAAGGGCCACUGGAUAUCCAGUGCCGGGUCAGUGCGCCAGGAGGUUGGAUUUGUUGCCGCCGCACACGCCCCACUCGACAGGUGCUCAGUGUUUGCCUCUCUUCUGCUCUGA